AUGAAGUCCAAGAAAACACAUAUGACCACAAUCGUAGAAUUUAUCACUCGAAAAUACAAAAUUGGAGACCACGGAAGUCUCAAUGUGAAGGCACUGCAAGGAUUACAGAAUGAAUACCUAAUUGCAGAAAUCAGGAAAAAACCUCUGCAUUCAAUCCUCUUUAAUUGUUUGGAGGAUACUAAUGUCGAUGUUACGGAGUCCUCCGCGUGGUUAACAUAUGGAAACAUCUCUCCGAGAUCAGAAGCAUCCUUCUGUUUACUACAAGACCGCAAUUUCCUCUUUGGAGCAGGAGAAACGAAUUGCAAACAUUGCAACUCUGCGAAAAAAACUGUUGACCAUCUAGCUACCAGGUGUGGGCGAAUGCUAAACAGCGAUUACUUACGACGGCAUAAUGAAGUAGUGAGAUGUAUUCACUUACAUCUCUGCAGACAGUAUGGAAUAAAAAGGUCAAAAAGAUUGAAGACCCAUUCAGUCCAGUCUAUAGUUGCAAAUGAAGCAGUUGAGAUCAGAGUCGAUAAUACUAUAAGUACUGACACACACGUUCAUAACAACAAGCCCGACAUUUUCGUGUGGGAUAAAAUUAAGAAUACAAUUACACUAAUCGAAAUUGGAAUAACUUCGCAGCAAAUUUUUAAAAAAGUCGAAGUCGAAAAAUCCCACAAGUAUGAUCUCUUAGCAAGUGAAUUGGCUUUAAUCCACAAAGCAAAAGUGAAUAUAGUACCCAUAGUAUUAACGUGGGAUGCCAUUGUCAGUAAAUACUACAAACAAUACCAGAAUAGUCUGAAAAUUGAGUACCCUGUAAGAGCAUACAUCCAAACUAUUCUCAUGAAGAAGACUCUUGAAAGUAUGUGCAUCGAUUAUAAACAUGGAAUGAUGUCCCAAGAGGACGACGGUUUUGAAGAAAAUAUAACUUUCCUUGAUAACAACAUAAAUCAGAAACUCGACGAAACCGACUUAAUGACGGGAGCAUUUGAAAAAGAGUCCUACUCCUAUAAUAACAUUAAUCGAGAGGAAGAGCGAUGGAACUAUGAAUUAGAACCUGAUGAAAGUCGUCUCAUCCGAGAAAAGAAGAAUGAUCCUUUAGAUUGCCUAAAAGAAGUUUGGAGACCGGUCAAGGUUGUCCGUGUUGGGGCAAAGAGGAGGAUGGUCUAUUGA